CGAAAACAUGCGAAAAAUCUGUUAGUGUCAACAUCUGAAAGGCUUCCUGGACGCAAGCUUUUCGUGAUGGUGUAUUUUCUCUGAGCUACGCGAUUUCACUGGGCAUGUUACAAUCAGUUUGACCGUACACGUACGCAUUUCGACUUUGUAAAGUAUUAGUCGGAGCGUAUUGAUUUCUGUCCAGAGGAUGUGAAGAGGUUUUUUAACUUCCCUACGUUGUCGACUGUAACGACCUGAAGUCUUGUUGUACUCUGAUCGUAAGAACUUGCAGUCCAUGGUUUCCUGUGCAGGCACACGAUGCGCGUUCUCGAGCAGUGACCCUGUCGUUGUGUAGCUAAAAAGCCACACUGAUCCAUCGCAGCGACAUCUAUUGAGAGUCAGGACGUACAUAUUUCUACAGAGGGCAGUUUCAGUCGUGUAUACGAUGUCGUUGGUUUUCGUGGCGAAGAUAUUCCCGUGAAACAUAUCCCCAUGGCCUCUGGAGUCUCUCAUUUUUCGGGGGCUCUAAUGGGGUGAUCUUGCAGCGAAGAUAUAAUAUCAGUACAGGAGAGGUCAAUUUUAGGUAUGCAACUCUGUUUCGUAUGCAUUACCCAGCGCUGAAGUGGUUUGUGUGAGUAACAGGAAUUGGUGCUUCUUCAUUGACCAAAGGAGGUUCCAUAUACACUUUGUCUACCAGGCACCUCUCUUCGAACUACGGUCUCAUGCGGCGUAGCCAUAGAAAUGACUGUUUCCUCUGAGAAUGAAAUCCGUCACGGGAGUCUAUGCAGAGCAUGGAAGAAGGAGUCUGGAAGUGGCUCUUCUCUCUGCAGCUUCAGGGAAACGCAAGCAUCAUGGCGAUCGUCCUGCCUUUUUUGCCCUUGUUCUUCUCUUGUGCUCUGUGGACAUGUGUGUGCUUCCGUGUUCGUCAUUCGUUCUGCGAGCACCGUACCAACGUCGAGUCUCAUGCUGGCACUCCAGUGAACGUGCGUCUAAAUUCUGUUUUUCCCCGUGCUCUUUCGCUUUGAUUGGAGCAGCCGUACCCUGGGCAGAGGACCCAAACAGACGCUGUGGAACUGGGCGUCCUAUGCGCAUCUUGAGCACUGCGGGAGCAGUCGCUCUCUUCGCUUCAUGCUGUGCUGACUCGCUCUCUUCCUUGUGUUCUCUUCUAGGGGGGAUGGCUUCGCCACACCUGCACCUUGGGGGAUUUCAAGGCCAGAGACAACCCAGUCGGGCCACUACUGGUGUAGGUGACCUUCUGAACAUUUGGCUUUUCUCGGUUACACGGACAGGCGUGGGGGCUACUGCCACAGGCAGGCGUUCACAGAGUAGCAAGACAAAACGCAGCAGCACAUGGGGGAUGACCGACCAGCGACGCGAUGUGUGGAACAAACGAUUUGCCGCCAGAAUCAAAUAUCAUUUGCAGGAUUACUUUGCUCGACGAGGUGCAGAUGUCUUCGCGAGCGGCCCAGGUUCAUUCGUGAUACCCCGGUCCUACAACCGCCUUCGGCAGAGAAGACACGACGCGACAGCGGAUGCGUACGCUGACUGUCUGCUCACGUCAGAAAAGGCAUUAUCUUUGGACUCCGAUCUGGCUGUGCCGCAGAGCAGCACCCCCGUCUCUUCCUCGUGGAGUGAUAAGUCGACGAGCUGGGAAUCGUUCAAUCUCUCAAACACGAGACUUUGCACCAGUCCGUCCGGAAGGAGUGGCUACUUAAGCGACGAAGUCGAACCGAAGGUCCCAGGAGGCGAGGGCAACGAACCACCUUGGAGUUCCUGCGUUGAAGCUGGGGUAUUCUCUAGCACACCUUCCACUCCGCCACCUGCACAGUUUCGAAGUGCUUCAACGUAUGAACAGGGAGUGGCAGUUCCCCUGGCCGGAGAGCCGGGUCUGGGAUCUGCGAAACAUGAAUGGAUUGCAGACCAGGAAGCAGGCUACGACUUCGCAGCCGUUGACAACGUGGACGGUUUUCUGAAGUGCUGCGUCGACGUUGCCGAUGUUAUCCUCAACCAAAAUGCUUCUGUUGCGAAGGUUUACGUUUCUGUCGAUGGAGCUGAGCAGGCUCAACGGCUAGCCCAAGGAUGGCUGCAGCGCUCCCGCAAGAUGCUUCGGUAUUAUUUGUCUCAGAAGAUGAGAAGACGCCGCCGGAUUCCAGAAUUAUUUUUCCACCUCGUUGACACCAAAGGCAUUGCAAAAAUGCUGUUCUCCCUUCAUCGCCUCGAGGUGGAAGAGGUCAUUCCAUAUGAACUGAAGCACCAUCGUCAGACUGCGAAGGCGAACGAAGCUGUGCAAGACGAGUCAUCAUCUACACAUUCGAAAGUUCCCUGAUGAUCAACCGAAUCAUAUGGCUGGCCGCACCGCGGGUCGCCCUGUCUUCAGAGAGGGAAAUGCAUUCCUCGCAAGCCACUGCCAGGGCCAUAUAUGUACGCGUUUCAUACGGAGGCAGGGAGACGAGCGCAUACCCGCCGCCGCUGAGGUCACUUUACAAGGAGCACCUGUAACUGCCACAUGAAGGCAUCAGUGGCUUCACUGCUCACGGCCAUCAGCUGAUGCUCUCACGAUUGACGUUGGCGGGGCCGUAUCAUGUGGAGACUGAAUCGUCUGAGUAACAAAGCAGUGCGUGACACCGGUUUGGGAUUGCAGAUCGCAAAUGCGAAAGCUCUUCCUGCAGAAUUCCAAGGUCUGUCUUACAGUAUAUUCGCAAUUGACCUUUUGUCGAAAUAUGCCACACCACGUUACCCGUAAAACAUGC